UCAAAGAGCAGGCUCAGAUCUAAAAUUUCCAGUUAGCAGUAUGGAGUAUCAGCACUAUUUGAGCAAACAGCUGAGCCUUUUCCACUACCAUCUACUCUUCGACUAUGGAGCACUGAUCAAGGCGGCCACUUGCAUUGCCUUCGGCGCCGUCUGCGGCUGGAUAAUGAGCCUGAUCACAUUCGUGGUGUACAAGACGGCAGUUGGCCUGGGAGUCAAACCCAGGGCAUGUGACAACGAUGAUAAGUACGAUGAUCUCGACCUGGACGUGCAUACGGAGUAUGGGUAUGGGUGCGACCGAAUGCUGUCCCAAUGCCAGGAGCUUAGUGAUUGGCUUGUGAGGACACAGUAACUUAGACAGGACAUCGCCUGCGGGGACAUUCGAUUCGCCUUCUUUGUGCAUGAUCAAUCAAAGUAUCCCAAUCAAAGUAUCCCGACGCCACUUAGACCGUCUCGAGUGCGCAGAGUGAAUUUUUCAGAUACUGUUACAAACAGUGGCAGAGUGGUAGAGUGGCAGUAUCGGAUAUUUUCUCUGCCGUUCUCGAAGUCAUUAGCAUAAUGUUUCUCGACACUGUCAGGGCCUUAAAUUGAAUUCAGCAUGCACCGCAGGCCGCCAUUUAUGCAAGCUUAUUUCUAUAGACGAAGGCCCGAGGUUCAAAUAUUUAAUAAACCAAACCGUUUCUGACUGAAAAA